AUGAGCAUCACAGAUGUCCUUAGUGCUGACGACAUCGCAGCAGCCCUGCAGGAAUGCCAAGACCCAGAUACUUUUGAACCCCAAAAAUUCUUCCAGACAUCAGGCCUCGCCAAGAUGUCAGCCAGUCAGGUGAAGGAUGUUUUUCGUUUCAUAGACAACGACCAGAGUGGAUACCUGGAUGAAGAAGAGCUUAAGUUUUUCCUCCAAAAGUUUGAGAGUGGUGCUAGAGAACUGACCAAGUCAGAAACCAAGUCCCUGAUGGCAGCUGCGGAUAACGAUGGAGACGGGAAAAUUGGGGCUGACGGUAUGUUCACACCUGUGAGAGACUUAAGCUCAGGCAGCAUUGGGGGCGGGGCUUUGGCCAUGACAUCAGACAGAUGUGGGUUAAAACUCCCCUUUCUUAACCUUGCUGAGCCUCAGUCUUCUCAUCUGUAAAACGGAACUAA